AGAAGUCAAUAUAUUUUUAUUUUCGAAAGGAACAAAUAUUAAAUAUUUACUUACAAUCAUGUACUCGAAGCGGUGUUUGACCUGAAUAAUUAAACUUAUACCUAAACUUGAAGCAAAAUAUAGUACUUAUUAAUUCUCCAUUAGUCAUUCAUUCACUAUUUCCGGCUGGAACUACUAUAAAUCAUUUAUUCUAUGUAUAAAUAAAUGGUGAGUGGUAACAUAUUCAGGCUUUUCAACUCUCCUAAUAAUUUCAUUGGGCUUUAAAAAGUUGCAGAAGACUCUACAAAAUAUUGAUUCACUCGUCAAAGAAAAAACAAUAAUAAAAAAAAGAGAUUGACUCAGACCCUUUGAUCCGCCACCAACUUCUUCAAUCUCUUCAUUUUUUUUUUCUUUUGAGAAAACCAUCUUGUUUUCUAGGUUAGGGCACCAAGUGUUCGAUCAAACGACAUGAACCAGAAAAGUCAGACGGCGAUGCGGAUGGUGCAGCCUCUGAGGAGCAUCGUGCCAGCAGCCGAGAACAACAUAAACGCCAAAUUCAUAGUGGUGGACAAAGGCCGCGUGGCUAUGGAGGGCCAGUUCAAAACAUGCCUGGCGCUGGUCGCCGACGAGACUGCCGCCGUGCACUUCCAGCUCUGGGGCGACGAGUGCGAGGCGGUGGAGGCCGGCGACAUAUUGGUGCUCAGGAACGGCAUAUUCUCCUACAGCCGCAGCAGUCUGUUGCUGAGGGCCGGCAAGAGAGGCACGGUGGAGAAAGUGGGCGAAUUCACCAUGCCUUUCGUGGAGACGCCCAAUUUGAGCGAGAUGCGGUGGGCACCUGAUCCACGCGCCGCCAACAAAUAUGUGCAGCAAGCUGUCUUCUCCGCUCAUUCACGUAUUUUUCCGCCCCCGCGUUAGCCACUUCCUUUGUAUUUUCGCAAAUUUGCACUAAACCUUGAAUAAAAUUCAAUUUCUCUCUCUUUUUUA